GUUCAUGAAGUUUAUAAAAUCUAUAUAUUUUCUCUGUUUCUGGGAUAUUUACUGCAGUUCGAGAAUUCAGCUUUAUUGGUGUCUCCUUUAUUAAGUUUAGUAGUAGCCUUAAUGCUUGUUAAGUGCCUUCAGCUAAAUGUGAAGAAAAGAACUUUCGUAGCUAAAAUAAUGAAAUUUAUUCAUUUUUAUUUGGUGUGUACUCUGACAGUGACAUUGAAUAUUAUAAUGAAGACAUUUGUCCCACACAAAGAAAAUGGGCACAUGCUGAAAUUCCUUGAAGUGAAACUUGGGCUAAAUAUGACUAAGAAUUUCACAAUGAAUUGGCUCCUAUGUCAAGAAUCCCUACAGGCACCAUCUCAAGAAUUUUUUUUGCGAUUGACACAGUCUUCUUUACUACCUUUCUAUAUUUUAGUGUUAAUUAUUUGUUUUCUUUCUAUGAUGCAAGUUAUUUUUAGGAGAAUUAAUGGUGAGUCCCUGAAAGAAACUGUUACUCUUGAAGAUGGACGAAUUGGAGAAAGGCCAGAAAUAAUUUAUCAUGUGAUUCAUACUAUUUUUUUUGGUUCUCUUGCAAUGAUUAUAGAAGGCUUGAAAUACCUCUGGACUCCUUAUGUGUGCAUGUUAGCAGCAUUUGGUGUUUGUUCUCCUGAACUUUGGACGACACUUUUCAAGUGGCUUCGAUUACGAACUGUACACCCAGUGUUGUUGGCUCUUAUUCUGAGUAUGGCUGUGCCCACUAUAAUAGGUCUCAGCUUAUGGAAGGAGUUUUUUCCAAGAUUAAUGACAGAAUUAACUGAACUACAAGAAUUCUAUGACCCAGAUACAGUGGAACUUAUGACCUGGAUAAAAAGGCAAGCUCCAGUUGCAGCUGUGUUUGCAGGGAGUCCACAGUUAAUGGGUGCGAUUAAAUUAUGCACUGGAUGGAUGGUGACAAGCUUGCCUCUUUACAAUGAUGAUGAUCUUCUCAAGAGAAACGAAAAUAUCUAUCAAAUCUAUUCAAAGCGAUCUGCUGAGGAUAUUUAUAAAAUACUGACAUCUUACAAAGCUAAUUACCUAAUUGUAGAGGAUGCUAUCUGCAAUGAGGUGGGAACCAUGAGAGGCUGUAGGGUUAAAGAUUUAUUAGACAUUGCAAAUGGCCAUGUGGUUUGUGAAGACGGUGACAAGUUAACCUACUCAAAAUAUGGGCGAUUUUGUCAUGAGGUCAAAAUUAACUAUUCUCCAUAUGUGAAUUAUUUCACUAGAGUGUAUUGGAACAGGUCCUACUUUGUAUAUAAAAUCAACACUGUGAUAUCCUUUCAGUCUUGAAAAUAGUAGAGACUUAUUCCAUCUGAAGUAAAAUGUUGAUUUUCUUCUACCAAUGGGGGUCUUUUUGGAAAUCAGAAUCUGGACAUUUGAAGUGUUGCUGCUGCUUUUCCUCUCCUGCCGUUAACUGGACCCAGAGUUCUGUGGGGAAUAGAAGAUUAAGCAUCACUGGCCUUUGGUAAAUGUUAUAGCUUACCACUCUGCAGUAUUCCAGCCAGGGAUUCUUCUUACUGUUACAUGGUCUUUCAAGAUUUCACCUUCCAAACUAUUAUAAAAAUUUCCUCAGAAAUCUUUAUUUUAUCAUAACAUUGAUCUUGAAUUUGAAUAUAUUCAUGGUCUGAGUAUAUUUCUCAAACAUAACAUUUAAUAUAUACUUAAUAUGAUAUAAUUAUAGAAUAGAAGAAGAAUUAUUCUUACAUUCAAGGCAGUUUCUAAAGGUAUUUUAUGCUUUAUAAUAGGACUGAAAUAUUACAAUAAAUAGCUAACGUAAAUGUUAGCUGAAAAUAUGUGGCAUUUAAAUUAAAGUGGAAAUGGCAUAAAGGAAAGUGAUUUUUAAGGAUAUAUAUAAAGGUAUAUCCAGAUUUUCCAUGAUACUGUUCUCAUCUGCUGCUUAUAUAAGUGAGCACUUUCUUAGUAAUUUACAUAGUGCAUGAUAUUGCAUUUUAUUACUUUAUGACUUUUAAGUGGUUAGCUUUUGUCACUUAUGCUCAUAAACUUGAUAUGAAUUUAAUCAUCAUAAAUAGUAACUCUCUGUACCUACAUAUUUUUUAAAACAGACAUUUAUAAGAAUCUUGAUCAGGUUUUUAAAAAAUACAAAUAUGGGAUUUAUAACCUAUACACAUGUUUUAUACUAAAAUAUUAGGUAAAAAAUUGUUAUCAGAAUAAAAAUAUGUACACUAAAACGAGCUACAGUUUCUGGAGAUAUGUGCAGAUACUGUUAAAUAUACCUCUGUUUACAGAUAGGCGUAUUAUAAAACAAAAGUGCUAUUAUUUGUGAAACUGUGAGGCAGUCUUCAACAUUAAGAAUCAAAUGACAAUUAUAAAAUUCACAGCACUUAAUUCCUCUAAGUUAAAUAUUUUCGUAUUUUAAUCGCUUAUUAAAAGAAAAUCUAAAAUGACUUACUUGGCUAGGAUGGGGGGAUGCAUGUUUAUUUUUAUCUUGUAUAUCUGUUUAGUGACCAGGUUUUCAAAGUGCUGUAAAAAUCAGUUUCACUACUCUACAUUAAAAGGGAGCAUCUUUCCAUUAUCUUUAUUUUCUGUAAUAUAUUUUAAAAGUACACAGGCACAGUCAUUCUUAGACUAGCUCUAGGAUGCUUUGCUCUUUUGGGGCUUAAGGAUUGUUUGAUGGCUGUGCCAUAUCUGGUGCAUUAAUUUUAUUAGUUCUCAAGCUUUUAUGUAAUUUUUAACAAUUCUAUUAAGAUAGCUGUAGGCAGGGUAUUUCAGGUUCUCUGUACAUCUUAAUAGUGAGUCACUAAUAUUUAGCUUCAAGCCUUAUGAAAAUAUUUCCAUGGUUAACCUAAGUACGUAGAACAUGUAAAACGUUGUGACUUAAAAGUCAGCUUCCAUAUUUUGAAAGGGAAAUAGAACAGCCUAUUUUCUAUGCAGCAUGAAAUAUUUAAUUGAAUUUUUAUUGAUUUACAUUAUAAUCAAAUAUGCAGAAUUAGUUUGUUGUGUGUUUUUUGUUUUAUUUUUGUUUGUGGUAUAUUAGUAAGUUGCUUUUGCUUCUGUCAACUUAUUUCUUAAAUAAAACAGAUUUGGAGAAACUUUUAAUUGAAUUUUUGAAAUAAUGAAUUUUUCAUUCAGCAUCAGUUAAAAAGGAAAAGUGAUCUUCAAUAUAGAAAUAAUAAUACUGGAUAUGAGAAGUAAGCUUAUUUGUUUCUAUUUUAACUGUAGUUAAAACAAUAGUACUGGAAAACUGAGUGCAUUUAAUUAAUUUCCUUACAUAUUUGUAGAGUAACAAAUGAUUAAGCAUUCUGUAAGUAAUCCUGUUUGGGUAACUUACAGUUGUUAAGUUUGACAAUAAAGAUCUAUUAUGUGCCCUCGCUGGUCAAGGGCACGUACCUGGGUUGCAGGCUCCUCCCUGGCCCUGGCCCUGGUCGGGCAUGUGCAGCAGGCAACCAAUCAAUGUGUUUCUGUCACAUUGACAUUUCUGUCUGUCUUUCCCUUUCUCUUCCACUUUCUCUAAAAAUCUAUGGAAAAAUAUCCUCAGGUGAGGAUUAAAAAAAAAAUCUAUUAUGUAAGGAGCAAAGUUUGUUGUAUUUGUGUGGAAGGAAUUUCUUCAAGAAAUAUAAAACAUACUUUGCCCUUAAAAACAUUGAAAUAAGUGCCUUAAUGUCUUCAUUUCAAAGUUUACUUCAUAUUUUUGAAAAAAUAUUAUCCAUUUCUUUUUUUUCCAUAAGAAAAUUUUGGUAACUUUUUCCUUAUUAUUAAGCACAAUCUCACUAUUCUAUUUUCACUAAUAAGCAAAUUUUUGUUAAGGGCAGAGAUGAGAUUUCUAGCUUGCUAAAUUCAUUUAUUUAGCUCCCAAAUGCAAAACAAUCCAACAAAUAAAACUUACUUGAUAAGGUCUGUGACAUUGACUCUCUGCUGGUUUCUGUUUAUUCUGCCUUUGGCAUCUGUAUCUUGGUGCUUUUUGUUAGACUGGUGGGUUUUACAACCUCAGGAGUAUGCAUUGCACUUUGGAACUUCUUUCUUUAUUACUUGUGUGUAGACAGCAUGUUUUUCAGGAUAUGAACCCACAUUGCCAGUGCCUCUGUGUCGGGGCACUCUUCCACACAGUCCGGAUUGAUUCAAGGAAAAGCAGAAAUGGAGGUCAAAGUGUGUUACAAGUUAGGGCUGAAAAAUGUGCUUUAAAAAUUAUGAAUUUCUUGAAGGACACAGUGAAUCUGAUUAAACUGUUUUGUUUUUGAAAAAUUGUUACUUGGCCCGUCUAUUUUGAACUGUUAAAACAUUUUUAUGCCUUUUGUGGGUAAAACUAGUGCCUCUCUUUAUAAAAUUGGUGGGGUUUCUAAAAGUUGUAUGUCAGUUGAUUUUUUUUUGUACGUUUAUUUUAAAUGCAUAAACAUUUAGAGGGCAUAUGUUAUGAAUUAUUCUGCAUAUUUAAGAAUCUUCUGUAAAGCAAAUAACUACUUCCUGAUUUGCAUCAAUAUAUUCUCUCUGUAUUGGUCCAGUUUUUAAAAUAGUUUUUGCUAUUUGCUAAUAGUUUUAGAUCCCAAUAUGUGUUAAAAGUACAGCUCUAAAAAAGUUGCAAGUGAAAUUGACAAUUUCUUAUUGAAACAAUGGCUUAAGUUUUUUAAUGUGUAGAGUUAACAGUUUAAAUAAAAUUAGAGGACAAAAUUGCAAAGGAAUAUAUUUGAUUCAACUAUGUUUCAUCCAUUAAGGUUUCUAAACAUUAAACUUGUUUUUCAUAAUAAAAAAGAUUUGCUGCACUUAAUAUAAAGGCAUCUUGGAACCAAAUCUGUUUAUAAGUUUCUUAGAAUUUGCAAUAUUUUAAUAUCGAUAUAUAUAAUCCUAUGUGCAGUUCUAUAGGAGAUACACUGAACAUCUGACCGUUGUAAUUAGUGGGAUAAUAGUAUCAGAAAGAAACAUGCAUUCCAGACAUGGCUUGAAAUAUUUCCUAAAGAAUCCUUUCAUAUUUUAUGUUAAUAGCUUUGUACAGCUGUUUAACAAAGAUGAAUACAACUGGUUUUAUGUAUGUUGACUUAUGAAUUAUAUCUAUUACAUUGAAUAGAUUAAAUGUGCUCAUCCUGUAACUAAGGUUAUGUCUUUGCAAAAGAAUAAAAAUUAAUUUCAGUAAGUAUAAGUCCUUUAAAAGA